GCUCACAAAUGAUGUGGCCCCGGACGGGGACCAUCCGGCGAAAGAGCUCAGCAAGGAGCAUGACAAGCCUAUGCACGGAAUAUCAAAGCAUAUGCGCCCUGUCAUAUGCCUCCAGCGGUGCGGGUUGUCGGCACUGAUGGGAGGCGAGAACGUUGCGACGACUGCAGAUGUUCUCUACUACUUUAUGAUGAAUGCUCCGGCUGCAUGCAAACGGCUUAUGCGGGCAGCAAAAGAAGCUGGUGCGAAUGGGGCGAAUGCGGUAGCGACGGCAGAGCUACAUCUGGAGUCAUACGGGCGUCAGUUUGAUUCGCGGGCGAACGAUGGUGUGAACGCGGUGACCACGAUAAUGGGGAAGGCUGAUCGUGAACUCAAGGGGCUUGUAUACGACUUCCCUGCCUACAAGGAGGAUCAUCGCGGACGAUUACGCCCCGUUGCUGGAAAUGGGUGGGGUGGGCCCCGGAAAGGCAAGGCGUUCGAGGAAAUGCGCACACAAGGGGAUGCAGAUGGUGGGGCUGUGGAACUCGACAGCGUCCCCAUCCCGACGGUGGGAUCGGCGUGCACAAUUGCAGAGGGAGGUGACCGUCAUGUGGGACCAACACAUCAAGAAGAUGCAGCGUUGGAUCACAAUGAAAGGACGACAACUCGAGACAAAACAACCAGCAAGAGGCCAAAACCAGUUCCACGUGGGUGGUCAGCCGCUCCAAGCAUCACGGAUGUGCCUGAGUACACGGUAUGCCUUCUACAACCGAAGCACUUGCUCGAAACGGUGGGAUCACUACAGAUUUGUUGCACACGAGCGGGCUGUUCUGGGAGUAUGGCACUCGUGUCGUGGAAAACAGCAUGGGCCUGUUUCAGACUUUAUUGGUACUGUAACACGUGCACAAGCGGCAGGGAAGUAUGGUCAAGUCCGAAAAAGGAGCACACAUCAAAUAUGAGAAAGACCGGGCCAAGGACGUCAAAGCUCAUGCCCAGGUUCGUCGGUGCCUUCGCCCUUGCGGGGGUAGGAUUUCAAGUGAUGUGGGAAGUUUGUCGCAAUCUUGGACUUCCGAAUCCGGGCAAGGGAACAUUCUAUCGUUUGCUGCAGGGUGAAGAUGGUUUAUGGAAUGCCAUUAUUCGUGCUGCACAGAACUCGAUGGGGGACGUGCGUACCACUUUAUCCAAGAGAGUGGGUGGCGUGGGUUACAUCAGUGUUGAUGGCAGAUGGUCACAAGCGCGAGAGGCAGAGUGGUGUACUGUGUCCUUCCUCCAUCCUGAAAGUAGGAAGAUCUUGCAUGUAGAGACCACAAAACUUGACGUCGAUGAUGACUCCGCACCGAGGCUCGAAAGUGUAGGAUUCAAAAGGGGGAUGGACUUCCUCAAGGAGCAGGGGUUUGAGAUGGAGGGGAUUGUUACCGAUGAGGGUAGCACCUUUCGAGGUGCUGCUGUAGAAAGAGGAAUCCGUCAUCAGAUUGACUGGUGGCAUAAAAGACGAUCGGUGGUGAAAAGAUUUGAAAACGAGCUGCAGAACCUUGUUAGAAAAGUGGUGGAUAUUGAUAACGCUGAGACUGUUGAGGACCUUCACAUGCACACCUUGAAGAAGUUGAAGGCUUGGUUACUAAAGAAGGCUCCAAGCAAAGCGGAGGGCAAAACGGGAAAGGAUGAGUUCAUCGAGACAGUUUGCAGUGAGCUCGGUAUUGUUUAUCGUUAUGUGAAACCGGCCGAUGCAAAAUGGAUGCAUCUGGAAUUGCAGCAGGUGACGUGCGCCAAAGGGUUGCACGAGGCUAGUCGUGGGCCAGAGCCACAUAGGAGCGAAGAGGAUGGAGAGGAUAAUGAAACGGUUGACAUACCGGUUAUGCUCUCAUUGAUACAUGAACAUGGCGUGCCUGCGCAUGAGGGAACGGGAGAUGGUGGUGAUGCGGUUGAGAUGCUGGAGGGUCCAGUGUCAGUAGAAGUUUGUUGGCGGGAUGUGGAGGAGCUGUGGGGGUACGACAUCCACCCUGAGCAUGGGUUGCGUCCCUCAUCACAAGCGUCUCUGGUGGUCGCAGUCGCUUGCAAUGGCGCUCGCGCUGAUACGGAUUUCUUGGGAGAACCAAUCGAUCAAGCACCACCAACGACCCCUCAGACAG